AUGAGACUAAUAAUAUUUAUUGGAUUUUGCUUCUUCUUUGGUGUGUGGGGACAGGAUGAGACUGUGACAAACCCAAGCGUGGAGAUACAACAAGGGACAGUUAUUGGUACGCUUGAUCACGGAGUUUACGAGUUUCAUGGGAUACCGUAUGCUGAUUCAACUUCAGGGAUUCAUCGGUUUAAGGCACCCUUGCCGGCACCUACUUUUGAAGCACCUUUUGUAGCCAAUCGAAAAGGCAUUAAAUGCAUUCGAGCGUUAGGUGUCGGCUACGAGGGAGUAGAAGAUUGCUUGGUAGCAGACGUUUACACCACAACCCUUGACAGCACCCGCAGACUCCCAGUCAUGGUCUGGAUCAAAGGCAGAGAGUUCGACAGAGUCUACGAACACGAACUGUCCUUUAAAAACUUUCUCGAACAAGAUGUCAUAAUCGUCUCCUUAAACUUCCGAGAGUCAAUAUUCGGUUUUCUAUGUUUAGGAACGGAAGUUGCGCCUGGUAAUGCUGGACUCAAGGACAUUAUCGCGGGCUUGCACUGGGUUCAAGAGAACAUUGAAAACUUCGGUGGCGACCCUGAUUCUGUAACGCUCUUUGGACAUGGCAGUGGUGCCGCUGCUGUUGAUUUAGUAUCGCUAUCUCCAAUGUCUGAGGGCUUAAUUCACAGAGUGAUAGCGCAAAGUGGUUCCGCUAUCGCUCCAUGGGCAGUUACCAGAGAUAAUUUGGAAUAUGCGAUACAAGUUGCCGAAGCUCUUGGUCAUACAGUGAGUGAUAUUAACACGCUUUCGGAAGUGUUUACAAAAACUAGCGUAGCAGCAUUGACAGCAGUCAUAAAUGAGCUUGAACUCUUUGACAAUUCAUUAGCAUUCGCACCUUGUGUGGAAAAACAAACGUUAGUAUCUUCUAUACCAUUUAUGACUACAUCACCAUAUCAAGUCCUCAAUGAUGGAGAAUUCUUGCAAAUACCGAUAAUGACAGGCUAUGUUGAUAAAGAGGGCACUAUAAGAGCCGAAGAGGCGAUAGAAGAUAAUUGGCUGGAGAAAAUGGAUGAGUCGUUUGAAGCAUUUCUGCAACCUGAUUUAGAAUUCGAAAACGAAGAAGAUGAAAACCGCAUAGCUGAUAAUAUAAAACAGUAUUAUUUUGGUAGUGAUGGUAUAGACAUGGACGAAUAUUUUAUGUAUCACGGUGAUACAAUGAUAAAAGUAUCAGCUAUCCGAGAGGCACAGUUACGAGCGGCUUCAUCGACAUCUCCUGUAUAUUUAUACCAAUUUUCUUACAAGGGAACAUUGGGAGAUCCAUUUGUAGGCCCAGUGGAAGUCGACGGCGCAGCUCAUAGCGAAGAACUGGCUUACUUGUUUCAUGAAACUACAGAGCAAGAAUCCUCUCAAAUAGAUCUAACAGUAAGCGACAUUUUAAUUGAGCGGUGGACUAACUUCGCUAAAACUGGAAACCCGACUAGCCUUACUUCCCAAGUAACUUGGAAUCCAUUCACGUCGGAGAAUAACAACUUCCUUCACAUACUAAAUGAUGACAGCCAGCAGAGUUCUACUUUUGAAGUCGAAAUGCAGAACCCUCAUGCCGUCACUGUUGCGUUCUGGAACAGUAUCUAUCAAGGACACUUUAAGGAUGCCGAGGGUCUGUUCGAUCUCAAUGAAAGGCAAGAAGAUGAUGUUAUCGUUGUAGAUAGUAAUGAGAACACAGAAGACGGCGAAGAAAAUCCAGAAGGCAGUGGGGAAAACCCAGAAGGCAGUGAUGAAUAUACAGAAGGCAGCAAUGAAAAUACAGACAGUAAUGAAGAUAUAGAUGCUGUUGAUACUGAUGAUAAUGAUGACGGUGAACCUGAUUCAGCGUCUACGGCUGUUGCAUACACGUUUUCCUUUAUUGCCGCAUUCGCGCUGUUGAACCAAUUUCAUAUAACGAGGAUUAGUUCUUGAAAAACGAGUCACUAGUGUGAACUACUAACUCAGUUUUUGAACAUUUGUGAAAACUUUCGUGAAUUUAAUUUUUAAAUUCGACGCUAAGUGAUUCAUUUAGAAGUAAUAGUCACUUUA